AUGGAGGAGCGACAGUACGCCAGAGACGCCGUCAUGCUUCUGCAACAGGCAAGACGGGCAGGGUUGAGAAAUUUUCAACGUGACGAUUCUGAUAUAGUACGUAUCGCCACGGACAUCGCAUUGGAUUUGCAAAAAGAAAAAUUGUAAGUUUAAAUAUUGAAUUAUUUUAGCUCGCAAGAAGGAGCGACGCGCCAUGAGGGGUUUCAAUUUAAUAAUGAUUUCAAAACAAUCUUAUAAAAUUUUAAAGCGAAAGGCAAAAUGGCAAAAAGUGUUCCGAGCGCUGAACAGGGGCGGCGCUAAAUGCGGGGUGGGGAGGUGGAACGCCCCCCCCCCCCCCAUUUAACCUUGUAAGGGACUUCGUGUCCUAUUGUUACUCUGCCUAGUAUAAAAUUGUUAUUUUGUAAUAAUUUAUAUACUGAAUUUAAUAAAUUCAAAUCCAAAUCCAUGUCAUCAGAUAGUCGGCAAAAUAUUGAAUCCCAGUCGGGAAAUUGUUUUCGCAGCAGGCAAAACAUGAAUUUGAAUAGGAAGAAAAAAUCUAAAAUAUUUGAGUGACACUGAUUAAAAAUUAGUAAUGAUGGGUAAAUGACUCGGCAAAAGUUCCCUUAAUUAAUAACUUGGCGAAAUUUCCCUUCAAAGAGGUCUGGCACCAGCCCCGGUACUCAAUCGUUGAUUUAAUUAAUAAUAUAAGCCGGUCAUUCUCUUUGAGAUAAAAGAGUUUAGAAGUGAUAUACAGUAUAAAUAAAGUUACUAAUGAGUAAACAUUAAGAUUUUGGCCAUCUCGUAACUGUCGACCUUAAAUCCCAUUCAAUUACAAUUUUAUUUUCAGACCUAACCGGAGCCUGUACUGUAGUGCAUUUUUCGCAGUUGCUCGCGGUUAGGUUUAAAAUUCCAUAUUCACUAAAAUCCUAUCUAUACGUUUAGUGAAGUGUUCUUUUACCCAAGUUUUGUCUUUGUUCACAGCCCUGACUGGUAUACCCUACUUGAAAAUGACUUGGAAGCUGCUUCUUCAAAGCAAACACCCGAGAAAAGAAAAUCGCAAUCCGAGCAACAAGACGAUAAUGUAGAAGAAGAAAUCAGUGAAUUGUCAAACUCCAGCGAUGAGAAAAGUACACCGACAACACCGACCGAGCGGAUGAGGAGAAAACUAUUAUCUGUUAGACUAUUAAUGGAAUCUACACCUGCACACAGUGAAAUCCCACCUAGCCCUAUUGAAUCGCAAACACUGCGUUCAUCUGGCAUUAUAACUGCGAAGUCUCCUCCCCCCAACCUGGAGCUACCCCUGAUUACAGCCAGGUUUCGGCGCUCGUUUGCAUUUUCAGCGAUGAAUCGUAGUAAGGAACGGGUAUGACAGACUUUCAGACUGUGUUCGCAACAGGCUUGUAGCAAACUUGUCAACAUUCAACAUGUUGUAACAGCGCUGUCAUUUUAUCAAGUUGCUACAAGGUUGUUGACAAAUUGCUGAAUUGCAGCACGAUAACAAGUUGUUGGAACAACUUUUAACACGUCUGUUGAGCUCAACAAACUUGUCAACAAACUUGUCUUGUUGUUAACAAGCAGUGCGAAUACAACCUGUUGACAAGUUGUUGGAACAGCAUUGCUACAAGUAUGCUGCAGUUUGUUACACCUUGUGCGUUUUUACGAGUCAAUAAUAGAUGGCCAUUGCUGGAGCUUUAUGCGACGCACAGUUUAGAACUGAUACAGCUAUCCAGUACAAGUUUAGGUUUCCUCCUGUAGUAAUACUGGACCCGAAUCAGGAAUUGCAGUACUGUAAAUACUUGGAUAUUCAUGGGAUAAUCUUUUAGCACAAUCAUUUUACUUUUAUUGGAUUUACUUUAUUAUCCAUAAGUUAUCUUAUUUGUACUUACAGCGAAGCAAACUUCCAUCCACUGCCAUUGGGCUUCGUUCAGAAAAAUAUUCCAGUCCCACUACUCAGAAAAAUAGACGAGGAAUGGAAAAGAAAAUGAGAAGGUGAUGAUUUGUUAAAGGAUGUAUAGUCAGAAAUGACGCAGUUUUUCGCAAGUGGGAAUUUAAGUCUUUUUAUUUGUUGCCUCUGUGUUCAGAAAAAUCGGAAAUUACUUCGUUCUUUAGAAAACCUUCGUUCAAUUGCAGGAUGGUAAGAGUGAAGUAAAACUCUUCUGAAUACUCGUGCAAUAGGACCCUCUCCAGCCGACAAAGUUUGCUGCCUAACAUCUUAACAUUUUAAUUAAGGCCUAGAAUUAAGUUCGUAUAAGUGAGCUCAUUGAAUGACAUUUACAAUAGGUCAUUUACAUUUGAAUAAGGAUAAAGCUAUUUGAAAGACAAGAUUUCAACACAAACAUUUAUUUUAAAGGGCAUAUGACUCGAAAAUUGACUGUGUUAUUUUUUAGUCUGAUUUGAAAGAUAAUUGAAAACUGUAUAGAGUAACUUCUUUGACAGAUUUUUGUUUUCUUGCUUCGUUUUGGAGAUAUUUCAUUUUGUAUGAUAUGCAAAGGACCAACUUCCUACGUCACAUAUGCAUAAUGAUUUAGCCCUAAAACUAGCUGUAUAUCUUUAGUACGACUAAACACAAUCAGUAGAAAACCUACAUGGGUGUUGUUGUGGACAAAUCUCGUGCUCAUCAUUAAUUUUGAGCGAAUUUAUUUGAUAGUGACAAAAUUAUAUAAUAUUCUAACUAAAGUAAGUCAUUAUGCAUAUGUGAUGUAGAAAGUUGGUCCUUUGUAUAUCAUAUACAAAAUGAAAUAUCUCCAAAACGAAGCAAGAAAACAAAAAUCUGUCAAAGAAGUUACUCUACAGUUUUCAAUGAUAUUUCAAAUUAGACUAAAAAAUAACACCGUCAAUUUUCGAGUCAUAUGCCCUUUAACGAAACUGUUUUCCAUCCUUCGUGUUUAAACUCCCACACUGAAAAAUGGAGUGUCCUUGUAAUAUUAAAUGUGCAUGCAAGAGUGUAAAUAGACCCUCGACAGUCUGAAACAGAGACAAACAUUACUUUUUAACACAUUUGUCAUAGCAUUGAACAAAGACUAUGUCGCGAGUACGUUCGAAAUUUCUUUUUCAAAAGCACUCAACCGUCCUUAUUAAUAUUUAAAAGAAAAAAAUUAAAGUGUAUUGUAUCUGUAUAAUAAGCACUGAGCUGAUUGCGUUAAGCCUCGAAGCAUCAUUAAAACUUGGCUGUCUUUCAAACAGAACAGGAUAUGGAUUCGCCAUUUGUAUUAAUAUUAUGCAGUCUGGAAGAAUCACCUGUGCUUUGUCAAUAAACACGACAUAUAUGUUUAUAUAGCAUAAUUUUCAAAUAUAUCUCUUCUUUUAGCCAAAAAAAGCUAACAUAUGAGCUCUUUGAAAACAACACUUGCCUGUAUUUGGGUGACGAAAGUAUACCAAGUCCCUUAAUUUCAUUUUCAUUUUACCUUUGCAAAAAUAAAAUUAAGUAGGUGAGAUAAUUUUCGAUUAACAAAGAUAAGGCCCCAUUGUUUGAUCCCCAUAUUGAGCGUGUGUAUAAUGUUCAUUUGUUGCCAUAGAGAAACGUUUAAGUUUCUUAUAUUGCUUCGCAUUGCAAUUUUCUUCAUUUCCUUUCAGGAAAAAGUGUUUUGGAGACGUGCUGAACUUUGAAAUGGAAAAUUCAAAUAUUUCUUCUGAGUAAGUUUAUUGUGUGAGAAGUGUAAAGUUGUAUGAAAUGUUACAUGCAUGCACGAGUCCUGCUUGAUUGUGUAUUCUUUUCUCUUAUCUUUUUUGGUAUAUAUUGCUAGUAGUAUAUAUUUGAAUAUUUUAAAUUUUUUAUUGUACAAAUAAUGCGCUUCAUGUUACUAUAGGUACUAUUUCGUUGAAAGAACUGUGCUUCUGUUUUGUCUUUUAAACACUUUAAACGAGAAAAGGUUUAUAACCUUUGUAUAGCAGUAAUUUCGCGCGCUUUCUUAUUAUGAGCGGAUAAAAAGUUAUUAAAAAAUCUCGCUCUGCUUUUAAGCCCUGCGUUCGGUGAGGUGCUGAGCACUGUGGUUUUGUGCUUUUUCAUCUGUGUUAUACUGAGAUUCGAUUCCUAUACAAUAUGCUGUUGCCUGAUUAUAAUUGCACCUCGUUCGUGUGAAAAGUGUAUUUCCCAUUCGACUCCAACAAACAGCACAGACUUUCUCUUGGUACUCCGGUUUCCCCCGCAGUAACACCGGAUCUAUAAGAGAUGCCUCUUCCUGGACCUCUUGGGGAGAACAGUUCAGAACUGAUACAGCUACACUGAAAAAAAUUUGAAAAUCCAUAGAAAGUCAUAAUAGAAUGGAGAUUGUAUGGACCUUUAUUGGAAAUAGAAUGGAUUUUGAUUAUCCAUAUUAAUUGUAUAUUUCCAUAGUGUGGAUAUAGUAUUGAAAUAGGAUGGAUAUACUAUGGAUUUAAUGGUGCAAUUGCAAAUUUCAUAGCAUAUGGAUUUCACAUUUUUUCCCAGUGCUAUGAUGGGCUAUCCGUUAGAAAUGAAGUUUCUCUCUUGCUGAGUUCUGUCACAAAGUUUCUUUGAUAGUAUUGGCGUAGAGACGCUUACUACAAUUUUGACAUUUAGUGAAAAUCUUUAAAUAUAAGCUUCUGCUUUACCGAUGAUUAAAGUUUCAACAUACUCUGAGCAAGCCGCAUAAUAUACAUUUUUUCAAAGAAAACUUAAUGGAGUAAAUAAGCUCUACGUCAUCUUUGUUCGUAGACAAAGAAAGACUCAAAGUUCACUUCAAAUUUUUAAUCUCCAUUCAAUCGAAUACAAAUGAGAUGGAUUUCAAUAAAUGUAAUGAAAAUUAAAUUGAUUUGUUAUCAAAGACAUUUAUAAUUAGGUCAGAGCCUCUCAUGCACUUCUGAGAUUCUGGUUCGAGACCAAGGACAAAGGGUUAAAGCCGUGUGGAAGCAGAUUCAUCGAUGUUUUUCUGUCCGUCCAUCUUUUAUUUUCUCUAGUUUGUUGAUAACAAACGAUGUGAUUAUUUUUCAGAUAUUGGGAAAUCCCGUUUGAUCCUUUCAGAGAAAGUAUUCUUCGUUAUCAUAAAAUUUUCAAGAUUGAGAAAUCAGAAUCUGAAAAUGAACAGGACUUAUCAUUAACCAAGGUUGGAUGAAUUAUUCUCUGUAUUUUACCCAAUAAUCUCAUUUAGCCACUUCUUCAGUUAUUGAUUGCAGGCGCCGGCAUUGACUGUUUGCAAUUACGAAUGUGAAGUAGUUUUAUUUACAGAAAGAAAUACUAAUGCACACGGACUAUUGGGAAAUACGGAAGAUUAUGCGUUUCGUUAGGGUGAGUUGCUGUACAUCUUUAUUCACAUUUAUCAUCGCCACAAUAUCAUCACCAUACCAUAAUUGGCACCAUCAUCUCUGUCAAAAUCAUAUUACUACCAUCGCCAUCAUCACCAUCAUCAUAACCCACACGCACCACCACAAUCAACGUCAUCACCAUCAUAACUGUCAAUUCCGUUAUAAUCACCAUCACCACUAUCACUAUUAUCAUCGUCAUCAUCAUUAUUACCAUCAUCACCAUCAUCAUGACAAUCAUCACAGUCCUCUGCUCAUCAUCAUCACCACCAUAAUCAACACAAUCAUUACAGUCAUCAUCACCACCAUCAUCACAAUCAUCAUCACCUCCAUCAUCAUCACUACCAUCAUUAUCACCAACACCAUCUAUCAUCACAAUCAUUGUCAUCAUCAUUAUCAUCAUCACCAUCUAUCAUCAUCACCAUCAUCAACACAAUCAUUAUCAUCGCCAGCAUCAUCAUCUAUCAUCACAAUCAUUAUCAUCAUCAUCACCACCUUCCGUCAUCACCACCAUGGCCAUCAAAAACUCACUUGUGACCUGUGGCAAUUCCUAGAUCGGCAAUCCAACAGCAACAGUCUUGGCGCUGUGUGCUCUCAAGAAACUUGAGAUCCAAAAACCUGCAAGCAAUGAAAUAAUCCGGCACCUUGAUGGCAUAUCCUUGUUCCUUAAUAUUCUUGAUACAGAUAACCGUCGAUGUCGAGUGAGUGAGAAUUCCUCAACAUCAUCUAAAUUAAACUGACUUUAUAUUUACACUGUAUAUCCCUAUCUACGUCCACAGCUCCAGAAAGGGCCACCUCUACUUCUAUUUUGCUUAUCAAAACUUAAUUUCAAUAGGUUGCUGCACUAAUGGUGCUUGUAUGUUUGGCAAGUUCUCCGAAAACAUCGAAUAUAAUUUUAAAGAGAAACGGUAAGUCGUGCUCGUUUUUAUAGUUGCUGUAGACCCUGGACACAACGUCUCAAAUAUAUCGACACAUUCUCCAUGGAAUUUUCAUAGCAAUGAAAAGACAAUGGAAGAUUUUGAUUACUAAAUCAUGAGUGGAUGACAUCAUUGUUAUGCCGUGUUUUGCCCAUUCUUAUACUUUUGUUCGAUCGAGUUUCGAAACCCUCUAUUCCAUUGACUAUGAGUCAAACUGCGCUAUUCUCACAAGCGACUGAGGAGAAAAUAAAUAUAGACAUUAUAAUCAGACAAUUGCAGAAAUUCAGCUCCAGUGGCAGAGGGAAAAGACACACACAUAUUUAAUGAAAAAAUCAUGAACAGUAGUUUCCUGAGGAAGUUCGUUUCACCUCCUAUAGGUAUUCAACAGUUGGUUUCCAUUCUCAGCGAAGAUGACAAAGUUGUUGUGUCUUUAGCUUGCGAUGUUCUCUCGUUAAUGGCCAAACAUAGCAAUGUCCGGGUGGUCGCAAAUAAAAUGAACAUUGUGAAAAAGCUGGUAAGAUAAAUCUACUAAGUCGUUAGUUUUUCAAUAGAUUAAUGCUUAGUUUGCUGCUGUUUUACUUGUAGAUGUCGGUAUUUAAAGCUUGUGUUAAAAAAGCUUUGCAAGGUGAAAACCUGGAACUAUUUCGCAGUGUUUGCGACGCUCUCUGGAGUUGUUGUUUGUCAGCAAGAGAUAAAGAUAUCAAGAUAAUAUCAGAAUCGUUGGAUGUUAUUUCUCGUAUGAUGGAAACAUUGGAUGAAGAACUGGUCGUCCCUUUAUUGGGAAUUAUUGAAGAGUGUGCAAGCGUGGUAUGUUUUGCAAAUAAAAAAAUGAACACAGGAUCAGAUGGCAUGUUACUAAUUUUAUUUAUACCGAAUAGCUCCAUCAUGUCUAAGGUGUUUCUUCCAAUAGUCUAGUAACCUUUUUGGUGCUGUGUUACUACAGGAGAAAACCUAAACAAACUUAACUUUGUUUAGACUCUUCAUGUUCAAUAUCUCUCUAUUGUUUAUGAACUGUUCUUCCUAGAGGUUCAGUAAGGGCCAUCCCUCAUUGCCCAUACAAACCCGAAUGUAAAUGAUGAAGAUGUCUUCAUUUUCUUUCAAAGGAAUAUUUUCGUGGUGAAUUGGAGAAAGAAAAUUUUAUCGAGAAAGUGAUAUCGAUAAUGGAAUCUAAACGGACCAAAGUUCUCUCUGUGAAAAUUCUUUUUAAGGUGAGAGUUGUUAGGAUCUUUGCACCUUGGCAUUCUGUCCGUUGUAAGUUGCAGUAAAAGUUUCCUUGUGUGAUAGUUGAGUUUCCUGUUUAGUGUUCAAGCGAUGAAACGUCUCAAAAGACAUUAUUGAAGCCGAACAACAUUCAAGAAAUAAUGGAAUUAUUUAAACAGAAUUGUCAAGGAAGAAAUGAUGAAUUGUUAACUUUACUGCUGGGUAUCAUCUGGAGGUGUUCCUUGAAUAGAGAAUUUAGGAAAAAGUAAGUAGGUCGGAGAGGCCUAUUGUCGGUAUGCUGAUACAGUGAGGGAGUCGACCUAUCCCAAUUUCGCGCUAGACCAGGGAAGGCCACACCUGCUGUGAGCUCCCGUGCAGUAAUUUUUGUCUUAUUCAUGAGUGGAAAGUGCGUACGCGACUCACAUGAGCUAUGGUGUUGAUUUACUGCAAAUAUCCUUGUAGGUUUGAAACUCAUGGUGUUUUUCCUCUUCUAUCAAAUAUACUCAAGUCUGAUAAAAGCAUUCAGGUUUGUAUAACGUUCUAGCCACUGAGCUCCGUGUAUAUAACUCAAGUGCGAAUCUCAUUCACUUGCUCGAAUGAGAAGUGAAGCCGAGGAUGGAUAUCAGUUUUAAAACUAGUUUUUCAUGACAAUUUUUCAGGUAAAAAGUGCUGCACUCGGUGUAUUAUCUGAGCUGCUCUGGGACGAAGCUGACACAGAUUCCAUAGGCAGCAGUGAAAUGAUAAACCUUUUGAUCGAUUUCAUGUCUGUAACUGAGCCUGCCAUAUUGGUGAACAGCGCACGAUCGCUGGGAGUAUGCGCUCGUAACAAUUCUUGGAGAAAGUAAGUUUAAAAAAAUUAAAAGUAUAAUUACCUAGGACCUCUAGUAGGGAGAACAAUUUAAAAUUAUACUGUUAGAGUUUAAUCUAAGAUAGAGCUUAAUUUAAGUUUCAUUUAAAUAGAACUGAUAAAGUUUAAUUUAAUUUAAGUUUAGAUUUAGUCUUUUACAAAUGUAAUUUAUUGAUUUUUAGGACAAUUUUGCAACUUGAUGGGCUGCGUCUCCUGUGGUCUUUGCUAAAGAGCUCUGAUGAGGAGGUAUACGCAUGCGCAGAAUUUCAAAGAAUCAGAAAAAAAUGCAAUUUUCUAAAACUGAAUUUCUUGUAACUUAUAAAUUAGGUGAUGUCAAGUGGUGCUGUAGCUCUUGCGUCUGUUUGUGCGUAUCCAGAGGUGAGGAAAUUGCAGUAAAAAAGAGGACUGUUCACUAUUUGCUGCAUACUUUACUGACUGUAGAGAUACAUCGACAUGAUUCAACACGCUCUUCAAUUACCUUGCAGGAAUCGGCAAACGCUGUUCGUUCAAUUGUGGGCGGAAUAGAGCUUCUCAUGACCUUACUAGCUUGCAUGGACCUCACGAAAUGCAAAGUAAGUGGUGAAAUCUUUUCCGUAAAUUGACAGAUAAUUACUGAAUUUUGAGCUUAAUAAUUGAUACAUAAAUAAUCUUUACAUAAAUAUUUCAAAUCAGUGACUGGAUGGCAUGGAGAACAUUCGAUCACUGGGUCAUAUGACAGGAUUUCAUUCGAUCAUUUACGUACUAAAGCUCAUUUGUGGCAAGACUCCUCUUGUCUCCUCCCCUUCGAAAUUUAUCUUGUUUUUUACAAUCCGGUAUAUUUUUUAGGUUUUGAUAUGUUUAUGCGAGGCAGCAGUGAGCAUCGCCAAAGACGCAGAGAAUCGUUCCAUUCUCAUAGAUUACGAUCUUAUUCCAGUUCUCCUGAGAUUGAGUGAAUCGGUAUGAAAUAAUAGUCGCAUGAAAUAUUUCAAUUUCACACCAGGAUUAUUUGUACCGUGCUCUGUUAGGCAACCGUGAGGACGCCCCAAACAUGACCCUAAUCCAAACAUGACCCUAACCCUAACCCCAACCCAACCUUCUAACCUUCUAAAUAACUAUGGGAAUCUAGAUAACUCAAAAUAACCUCUAAUAAAGCCAUAAUACUUGAAUAUGUGCCAUCCUUUCCUUUUUAUAGGAAAACAAGAUUUUGAGAUAUUAUGUGACCUGUCUUAUUUCAAGGUUAGUUUUCGCGUGCAUGUUCUACCUUACCAGCCUUCUGAAAAACGAACCUUUAAACGAGCCCGGCUACAUAGGCGGCUAGUUUCGACUAGAUUACCGACACCAUUAUUCCAUUACAUCCAAAUAAAUGUCUUCUUUUUCCUGCCCAUAGGUGCUGUGAGUCUCCGAAGGAGCGAAGUGUUUUCUCACGAUGUAUUCCGUAUUUGAUCGAGGGGCUUGGGCAUGAAUAUGGUGAACAUGUUCAUUGCGCAUCCAUCUGCGCAUUGAACAAACUAUCACGUGACUUUGAAAAUUGUGUGUUUUUGAGGGAAAGCAGCACGACAAAGGUACUUUACGUUCCUACAACUUCUUGUAAUCUAUAAUCAUGUGUUCCAUGCAGACCAUUUUAGGUGCUAGUGGCACACGACAAGUUUCCAGAGCUUUCUUGUCGGCGCAAUGGAGAAAACGGAUAUAGCUUUCAGUUUUGUCGACAGGAGGAAACCAAAACGACUUUAUUCUUACUCGAAUUUGCAGGAAGCUUUAUCAGUUCUAAAUUAUUCUCCUUAGCAGUAGAGAAGCUAGCCAUAGCAACAGGUGAUGCUAUGCAAAUUUUUAAUGAUUUGCAUUAUUCAAACUUUUAGAAAUGUAUCGUCUUAGCAUAGCAUGACCAGUUGCCAUAGGUAGCUUCGCCACUCAGUCAGACUGGAGAUCAAAGUAUUCUCAUCUGUGUAGAUCCUGAUGAAUCUGCUGGCAUCAAGUAACGAGAGAAUACAAGAUGCAGCCGCUGAGUGUUUGUCUAAUGUGAGAAAGUCCAUGAUGUCAGUUGGCUGAGGUAUAUAACAUAACAUAGAGAUAUGGAAGAUUGUAAGAUGAGAUACCCAGAUAUCCGACUCGAGGGGCGCGCCAUGCGGGAUUCAUACUAGUGGGUCAAACUGACCGUGAUUCAUUUCGGAAGACGAACGGGAAUGCAUAGGCGUACCGGGAGGGGGGGGGGGCUGGAGUUUUUGUAACGUCGGGCAGAUUGUACGUAAAAUUGGUGGCCCUGGUGACCAGGAUAAGGCUGCUGUUAAGGGGUGAGGUCAGGAUUAUGGCGAACUAAAGCUACGUAGUGUUUCCACAAACAAAACUAUUAUAACUAUAUUCUAAUUAUAAAACGAAAGGCCCAGCUUUUUGCUGUAAAUAGGACCAUUACACAACAUAUGUAUGAAAAUGUUCUUAAAUAUGAAUAGUAAGGUUUGGUCUUGACUCGAGACAUCUUAAAAAUAACGAUGCAAUUAAAAUAACGUAUAGGUAAUGAAUUAAUUUUUAGUUACAUUUGAGCCACAAGAUUAAAAAAUUACAACAAUAAAUAUAAAAUUAAAUAAUAUUACAUCGCUAUAUAUAACGAUUGAAUAUCUAAAGAACUUAAAGAACGAAGUCGAGGCCUGAACACAAAUGGUCUUUAGACAAGGCUCUUCACGUUGACUUUAUUCGUUCGAUUUGCAUUUUUGUCGCGUCUAAUUUUUCGAAGAUAUCGUCAAAAGAUCGUACAAUAUGCAAAUGUUCGCGCAUUUCUUUUCGCAGUCUCUUUCGCUCGCUGUCUUCAAGAUUUGCCGAGCGUUUUACGUCUUUGCGAAAGUCAACAACUUGUCCGUUGGCAAUGACAAGAAGUCCUUCUUUGAUAUGCACUGGUACCGACGCUGAAAUUUUCUUUUUACUUUGCCUCGACUGCUUACAUUUUGGUCUUUGUGGAGUUUUUGGUGUUAUCCGCUGACCGAGAUUGGGAUGUACUGCAGGCGCAGAAUUCUUGGGCGCCAUUUUGACUGACUGAGCCCGCACUGCAUCACGGAAGUUUCCGCUGAAAUCAACAUAGCAGCUUCGAGCGGCAGCCGAAUGACGUAUCAACAAUUUUCGAGAAUGUUCACGGGAUUUUGAGCUUGGAUAGUUCCUAUUGGUGUAUUGCGAAUCACGUGUUAAACUGGACGUCUUUGUACUUACAGCCGUUCUUGAAGCUUUCCGCGCCGCUGGUUUCCGUUCCCGCAGUAACGCCGUCCGCGUUUCGUCUGAUAUUCCAAACAGUCUAAUUUCUUCACCAAGUUCAUGGAUAUCGUAACAUCCCACAAUUCCUUUUUGAUUUGGUACUUGGUUGUUCGCAAAAGACUGGGAACGAGUGAUGGGUGUUAGUGUACGUGGAGGGGUAGAGAGGAGUGAUUGGUGUAAUGUGGGAUACGUGACUUCAACAGAGAUGACAUUCAUUUGCGCUAUAGAAAAUUAGAAUCACAAUAUCGUUUGCAUUGUUACUGAUAUUCCAUUAUAAAAUCUAUAGUCACUUCAACAAUAUCAUAAGUCUGGCUCACACUGUGAAAGUUUCUGUGAUCACAGUAGGAAUUUUGCAUGAGUAAAUUCAAAGUUUUGAAGGAUUUGUAAGAAAUGUUUGAGGGAACUUACUCACUGUUUAACACUAAGUCAGUUCUCUUAACUAUUUCUUACAAAUCCUUCAAAACUUCGAUAGUAUACAACAGUCUUUACUGAUAUUCCAUUAUAGAAUUAACUGAUCUGUAAUCACCUCAACAUUAUCAUAUAAACAUUGUCGUCAAAAUCACCCUUGGGAAACGUUUAAGCGUCCAGUAAAGGAAAUGUUAUUUCCGCAUCGAUAUUUCAAAGGCUGGACAAAAAGGGAAAAAAUUAAACGUUUUCUAGUUAGUUCGAAACUGACUUGUGGAAUUAGCGAGACGUGUACGCAUUUGCCAACACCGUUUUAUAUAUGAGUGCUUUUCUUUGAAAUAAAGGUACACUGUACGUCUUGACACAAUGUUUAAACACAGUACUUAUCGUAUAUAAUGGCAUAUAGUAAUAUUAAAACAAUGAACACAUAGAAGAAUACAUAAUUUUCUCUUAGCAACCCAUUUCAAAAUUGAAAACUAAAUUCUUCAAAAUUCUGUCUGUUUCCCCUUAGAUAUAGAACAAGAAGUUAUAUAGAACUAUAUCUCAGUGAAAAAACAUGAUGUACAUACAGUCAUU